AUGGACGAGGCUCUUCAUAGCGAUGUUGAUGCAUGCUCAAAACUUUUUGAAAGAUUAUCUGUUAGUAAUUCUGAUUUAAAUGAUUCCAAUGUUAAUGAUGUUAACAAUUCAACCGGUCCAAAUAAAGUUGACACUAACAAUUCCAUUGAUGCAAAUAAAACUGAUGUUGAUAAUUUAAUUGAUGCAAAUAAGAUUGUGGUUGAAAAUGGGUGCAACUUCAACUUCCAAAUUAAUGAGCUGACCUCUCAACAGCAGAAACAGGAAUGUGUGGAUGCCACAAUUUUGUGUUGGUCUUUGCUGGACGUAUCUAGAAUCAAGCUGUUUAGAUUUGUAUGUGCUUUAUAA